AUGAAAUAUGUCGACCGACGAAACCGCCAGGAUGAGUUCAUCCGGCGAGAGUUUGACGGGCAACGCCAGGUUUGCAGCCGUAUCGAGCUGAACGUGGGAAGGACAAAGAAUGACGUUACCCAACUAAAGGACGGGUUAACCCAGUUGAAGUCGGAAAUGCUACAGCUCAGGACUCAUGUCUCCCAACUUGGUUCAAAAGAAGCAUAUCUCCAGAGCGAUAUCACCCAACUCCAAAGCGAUGUCAACCAACUCCAGCUCGACGUCCAAAAACUUCACACCGAUGUUUGUGCUACCCGUACCGACCUCAGCCAAAUCCAGACUAUUGUGAGCCAGCUUCGCAUCGAUUUAAUGACUCUGCAACGGGAGACCUCCCAGAACUUCGGACUCGUUUUCUCUCGAUUCUCUGCCAUGGAAUCGAGGAUGAAGCACAUGGAACGCACACGAUUCAACUCUCUCGCCCAGACGAUACAUGCUCCCAUUACUCCAGUCCCACUUGUCGAAGAUGACGGCUCUUUCAUCGACUGGGUCGAGCUUGCAGCUGCGCACAAACGUAUGCAGGAUGAGGUCACAUCAAUUAAUUCCUCGUCAAAGCAAAAGCCAGCCAAACUCUCCCGCCGCUCCAACGAGAGCUCACCAACCAAUUUACACCGGAUCCACAUCGGCCCUGCCCUCGAUGCAAAGUCCAUCGUUUCUGAAGGUCUGGAUAGGCUGGGUUGGAAUGUUCACGGGUCGCAGAUGUCCGAUGACACGAUGAGUAAACUAAAGGGGAUUGUAUCCGACGAAGUCAACUCCAUCCUGCUUCACGCAUUGGAACGGGGUCGGAUUCGACUGCAGCCCGGUGCCCUCGAACCCCGCCAGCAAUCGCCCACUAACUUUUCCAGGCUCAACAUUCGUUCCAGGCCAAACUUCGAUGAAUCCCCAGGCAUACACGAUGACGAAAUGGUUACCGUUUCCAACACUGUUCCAACCGAAAUCAUCUCACCACGCUCUCCCGACGAAGUGCCUGGAGUCUAG